AAUUAUUUGCUAAUCUUUUCUUAAUUCUUUUUGUUGUAAUACUAAUCGUUCCUUGUUCGUUCCUGAUUUAAGUUGGCGAUCAGUUUCUAUUUUUCUUGAUUUAUUUGUUUCGCAUUUUGUAUUUUAGUUUCCUGUCUCAAAUAUUUCAGUUCUUAUGGAACAGUGGAAUUCUAUCUGGUGUGGAAGCGCAAUACAUGUACACAUAUAUGUCUGUCUUAAAAUGGGGGUAUACUUAAGCACUCCCAAGACUGAAAAGGCCUCAGAGGAUGGUGAGAACGACAGGCUCAGAUAUGGCUUGUCAUCCAUGCAGGGGUGGCGAGCAACAAUGGAAGAUGCUCAUGCUGCUUUCACUAAUUUGGAUGGUCUCACCUCUUUCUUUGGAGUUUAUGAUGGCCAUGGGGGGAAAGAGGUUUCCAGAUUUUGUGCCAAGUUUCUCCAUCAUCAGGUGCUGCAGCAUGAAGCUUAUGCAGCAGGCGAUCUGGGAACUUCUGUUAGAAAGGCUUUUCUCAGAAUGGAUGAAAUGAUGUGCGGAAAGACUGGGCAAAAAGAGUUAGCAUUAUUGAAGGCCGCAGCAGACCAUUCUAGUAGUAAUGGGCAAAACUUACCUGAGAGUGAUGACCAGAAUGGCCAGACAAACCACUGGCCUUCUGAGGAGGGAAUUAACUCUGGUUACAAGGGCCCCAGUUCUGGAACCACUGCUUGUGUUGCAAUUAUCAGAAAUAAUCAACUGCUUGUUGCAAAUGCUGGUGACUCUCGGUGUGUAAUAUGUCGGAAGGGAAAGGCACAUGAUUUGUCCAAGGAUCACAAGCCUGAACUUGCUGCUGAGAAAAAAAGGAUACUAGAAGCUGGUGGAUAUAUACAAUAUGGACGGGUCAAUGGGAGCCUGAACUUGGCAAGGGCAAUAGGUGAUAUGGAAAUGAAGCAAAAUAAAUCGUUGCCUGCUGAAAAGCAAAUUGUGACAGCAAACCCUGAUAUAGUCACUGUUGAGCUUACUGAAGAUGAUGAUUUUCUUAUAGUAGCCUGUGAUGGGAUAUGGGAUUGCCUGUCAAGUCAACAAGCUGUUGACUUUGUAAAGGAACAGUUAAAAACUGAAAAGAAGCUGUCUGCAGUGUGUGAAAGAGUACUUGAUAGGUGUUUGGCACCAUCAUCUGGGCAGGAGGGCUGUGAUAACAUGACAAUGAUUUUGGUGCAAUUCAAGAAAUCCAUGGACCAAAAACCAUCCUCCAAACAGCAGCCUGGGCCCUCAGCAAAGUAAUGGAAAUCUUACCAAAAUUCUAGAGCUCCUGCAAUCUUACUUUACGGUAGAACAUUUUCAGAUUCCAGGUACUAGUCGUCGCCCUUGUUACAUUUUUCAAUGUGACAGCUUUUUGUAAAUAUAUGUUCUCUCUAAGAGCAGCUUCAGCCCCAAAGAGGAGUUUUUUUUCUUUUUUAAUUUUUUUGGAUGAGUUAAUUUCACUAGGAAAUUUGACAUGUAAUGCUGGAAUAAGAACUCCAUUACCACGUUGAAGAAUAAUAGAUGAGUUGUGCUUCCUGGUGGGAA